AAACUGACAUUGAAUGAAAAGUGAGAUUAUAUUAUAUUAAAUUGAACACCGACAACUGGCGAAUUUAGUUUACGAGUGGCUCAAAUUCACUUCAGUGCUUUAUUCGUUUUUUGACGUUGCUGCUGCAUUGCACGGUGAAUUUUUAAUGUUUAUGCAUCGUACGUGCAAUAAUCGUGAAAAUAAAUUUUACUAUCCCAUUAAAACAAUCAAGGCAAUUAUAGUUUUGUUGGACGGUGUAGAUAUGAAUUAAACGCUGUGUAAAUAUUCGUUACCUCGCGCGGUAUUAAUGUAGCAUUAUUUUCAUCUUUAUUCUGUAAAUGUUCCCCAAUCUUCAUAGUAGUGUGGUUAUUAUUUAGUGCUAAAAGAACGUUUCAAUUCUGCAGUAUAAUACUGAAUGAAAAAUGAAUUCAGAGAUAAAGCAAAUAGACAAGAUCCUGCUCCCUAAAUAUCUGGGAAGCGAGGGGGAAAUCACCAAGUGCCACGUGAAAAGGCUCACAGCAGCAGGAGAAAACUAUGGAAGCCUCAUGUUAGCAAUCGACGUGACUAUCAGAAACGAAGACAGUGGUAAAGAAAGGGUAUUGCACAUCGUUGGAAAAGCUGUUCCUCCUAACGAAUUCAUCCAGAAAAUGUUUAAGAGUCCCCUGACUUUCAAGAAAGAGUUGGAAUUUUACAGAAUCAUUGUCCCAACUUUGCAGGAAUUCCAACGAGAGAAUGGAAUAGAGAAAGUUAUGGAUUUUUUUCCGGAGUUUUACGGUGGAAGAAUGGGGAUGAAUCCCCACUCGGACGAAUUUGAUGAUAACGCUGUGAUACUGCUGGAGAAUUUGAAAAUGAAGGGUUAUUAUUGCGUCGAUAGGACAAUAGGUUUCGAUUUAAAUGCGGCGAAAUACAUUUUGAAAAAUCUGGCAAUCCUUCAUGGUGUGCCCUUAGCUUUAAAACUGAAAAGGCCAGAAGAAUUUCAGAAAAAAAUUUUGCCUCACAUUCAUACUAUCAAAUUAUUUGAUGGACUGGGAGAUGAUAUUUUAAAUGCUAUGAUUGACAGCUUUAUUAGUAUAGCCAAAGAAAACGAAGAAUGCCUACCAUUUAUACCAAAUAUGAAAAAAAAAUUGUUAGAGUCAUUCAACUUGUUAGAAAAUCCUAUACAACCCAGAGAACCAUUUAGUACACUAAUACAUCUAGACUUUUGGGUUAACAACACCAUGGUCAGAACUGAAGAAGGUAAAGUUGUUGGAAAUAAAAUAGUAGACUUCCAAAUACCAGAAUAUGGAUCGCCUGCUAGAGACUUGACAUUUUUUAUAUUCGACAGCAUCCAAAAUGAGGUGAUUGUGAAACAUUACAAUCACUUAAUAGAGUUCUAUCAUCAGAAUCUCAUCGAUACACUAAAGCAGUUCGAUGUGAAUACCAAAUCCUUCUCUCUAGAAGCAUUCAAGGAUGAAAUAGACUUGGCAAUGAAGGAGUUUGUUCGAUUGCAGUGUUUCAUCAUGCUUAAACCGAUUUUCGCCACACAGGAUACGGUUAAGGAGGUCGAAGAUAUGAGUUUGAAUGACCUGAAAGAAAAUAACGUCAUUGCUCAGCCACAGAAAGAAAAGUUAUGGAUGUUGGUGAAGGAAUUUGGGAAGAGGGGAUGGCUUUGAUUGAUAGUUAGUUGUAUUUUAGAACAAUUUUUAAAUAAUUGUUUGAUCACUCUAGUUAGAGAUCCCACGUUUUAGAAAAUAGCAAAUAUUACCACUUAUUAGAUAAUUUUGAAAAACCUGAUAAUUGCUUUAAAAUUUAUUAAUGAAAAUUAUUCCAAUUACCAUGUGAUACACCUACCUAUAUUAAUUAUUAUACUAGAUUUAGGAAAAUUUUAAAUAUAAUAAGAAGACUAAAUGUGUACCUGCGAUGGAAAAAAUGGUGUUUGCAGAGCAAUAAACAA